GCCUACUACAGCCUUGUUGAUUUGCAUGUAGGCUUCACAAUUAUUCCUCCGUGAGUUGUUUGUCUAGCGUAAAAGUUGGAAAAUAAAUCUGUAUGUCUAAAUGGAUAGACGCAUUCUAAUAGGCCAUAGGUAGCCUAAAUGAUAGCUCAACAACCGAACCUUUGUUUUACUAGCCUAUUUAGUAAAUUACUAUGAGACUGUCCCACUCUAUGACAGCAACUGGUUGAAGUCUCUCUCUCCGCCUGCAUAUCCAACUGCUGCUGCUGAACAUGGAGAAUGACUAGGAUAGGUGUGUUCCGACAAGUCGAAAGCGCUUGCUGAGUACCCAAAGUGAAAUAGAGGUGAAGAAGCCAAGACAUCCAGAAAGUGGGAGUUCAGCAACUGAUUGUCAGAGUCAAGGUAAGUGCAGGAAUAUCAUAGUUGUACAUCAUAUCAGAGUCAAGGUAAGUGCAGUAAUAUCCUAUAUCAUAUCAGAGUCAAGGUAAGUGCAGUAAUAUCCUAUAUCAUAUCAGAGUCAAGGUAAGUGCAGUAAUAUCGUGUACUGUAUCAUAUCAGAGUCAAGGUAAGUGCAGUAAUAUCCUAUAUCAUAUCAGAGUCAAGGUAAGUGCAGUAAUAUCCUAUAUCAUAUCAGAGUCAAGGUAAGUGCAGUAAUAUCGUGUACUGUAUCAUAUCAGAGUCAAGGUAAGUGCAGUAAUAUCCUAUAUCAUAUCAGAGUCAAGGUAAGUGCAGUAAUAUCGUGUACUGUAUCAUAUCAGAGUCAAGGUAAGUGCAGUAAUAUCCUAUAUCAUAUCAGAGUCAAGGUAAGUGCAGUAAUAUCAUGUACUGUAUCAUAUCAGAGUCAAGGUAAGUGCAGUAGUAUCAUAGUUGUAUCACAUCAGAGUCAAGGUAAGUGCAGUGAUAUAUACAGUAUCAUAUCAGAGUCAAGGUAAGUGCAGUGAUAUAUACAGUAUCAUAUCAGAGUCAAGGUAAGAGCAGUAAUAUCGUAUAUCAUACUAGAGUCAAGGUACUGUAAGUACAGUAGUAUCAUAGUUGUAUCAUAUCAGAGUCAAGGUAAGUGCAGUGAUAUAUACAGUAUCAUAUCAGAGUCAAGGUAAGAGCAGUAAUAUCGUAUAUCAUAUUAGAGUCAAGGUACAGUACGUGCAGUAGUAUCAUAGUUGUAUAUCAUAUCAGAGUCAAGGUACAGUACGUGCAGUAGUAUCAUAGUUGUACAUCAUAUCAGAGUCAAGGUACUGUAAGUGCAGUAGUAUCAUAGUUGUACAUCAUAUCAGAGUCAAGGUACUGUAAGUGCAGUAGUAUCAUAGUUGUACAUCAUAUCAGAGUCAAGGUAAGUGCAGUAAUAUUAUAGUUUUACAUCAUAUCAGAGUUUCAGGUUCAUUCCGUGAGUGGAGUUAACACUGAAGCCAUAUCAGUGUCUGCAGAAAAGAGGAAAUGAUGUAAUGAAUGGUGUACAAUUGCAUUUUGGAGAGUGUAGAGAUACAAAACAAUGAUAUGUUGUAUUUCCUCUGGUUGUGAAAAAAAAUAAUUCAAACUGAUUUUGUCUUUUGAAAGUCAUGAUACAUUUUCUCUUGUCUUUAAUGGUAGGCUAAUGUACUUUUAGAUACUGUAGAUUACAAGUCUAUAGGUCAGUGCUAUAAUGUACUCUUGGAUACAUUUUAGGUCUACAGGUCAGUGUUGUAAUGUACCCUUGGAUAGAUUGCAGGUCUACAGGUCAGUGUUGUAAUGUACCCUUGGAUAGAUUGCAGGUCUACAGGUCAGUGUUGUAAUGUACCCUUGGAUAGAUUGCAGGUCCGUGCUGUGUGAGUAUAAGCAGUGCCUUUGUGAGGAGUAUGAGACGGUGGAGGACUACAGGCCCCAGCCUGGAGAGGAGGUGCUGCUGGAGGAGCGCUUCACGGAGCCCCACAUCGUCCAGAAGCACCGGGAGCAGAGCGAGAGGGAGAAGGAGGUGCGCAGCAGGGGGGAGACGUCCUUCGGCGCCAGAGCCAGCCAGACGUACCGCUCCACCAGCAUAGAGCAGCUCUUCUGUCCCUUCGACCGCGGACGCACCCCCAAAGCUGUCAUCCUCCAGGGGCACUCUGGCCACGGCAAAUCCUUCGCCGCCCAGAAGAUCAUGUACGACUGGGCGUGCGGCCGGCUCUACAGAGAACACUUUGACUUGGUGUUCCACCUCAGGUGUAAAGAGCUGAACCUGCUGACGGGAGAGAUGAGUAUGGUGGAGCUCCUGAGCCGCAGCUACAGGUUCACCCCCAUGAUCACGCAGGUGCUGCACCACCACCCCCACAGGGUGCUCUUCCUCAUAGACGGCUUCGACGAGCUCAGCUUGUCGCUGGACGGGGCGCGCACGUUACCCCGCAGUGACCUGCUCAGCCCCGCCCCACUGGAGGACAACAUCAGCGCUCUGCUGAUGGGCAGGAUCCUGUCCAAGUCCUCCCUGCUGGUCACCACCAGGUCCACUGCUUCAGACAGACUGAGCAAGCUGCUCAAACGUCCACAGCGCUUCGCAGAGAUUCUGGGCUUCUCCGAGAGAGGAGUUAGGGAGUACUUUGGGAAGUUCUUCCAUGAUGAGGUAUUGUCUACAAGACUAUAUGAGUGUGUGAGGUCCAAUGAAACACUCUACACCGCCUGCUUCAUCCCUGUCAUCUGCUGGAUCGUCUGCACAGUGUUUAAAGAACAGUCUGCUGAAGAUAUGGACGUCACAAGAAGGCUGGAGACUAGCACCUCCAUAUUUGUGUACUUUGUCUCGACUCUGCUGAAGCACCAUUGCCAGCAGUUGGAUCAGCCUGGCCUUGUUCUGAAACUUCUCAAGAGUCUGAGCCAGCUGGCCGAGAGGGGGAUGCUGAAGCAGCAGGUCCUGUUUGAUGAGAAGAGCGUGUCCGAGGCCGUCUCUGACCCCGUCACUGGGCCCUUCCUCUGCAAGUUCCUGCUGAAGAAGAAAACCAUCCUGCAGACCAUGUUCAGCUUCAUGCACCUGAGCUUCCAGGAGUUCUUCACGGCACUUCACUACACCGUCAUCCAGGAAGAGGAGACUCACAGGAAGCUUGACCAGAUGCUGGGCUCCAUAUGUCAGGGCAUGAGAAUUUCCAUCAUAGUGAUUAAACCCAAACAGAGGUACAACUAUCACCUUCUGCCCAUCAUUCAGUUCCUGCUGGGUCUGGCAAACAACAGUGUGAGGACUAUCACUUUAGAAUCGCACACACUGACCGUUCCUCUCAGCGUCCGCAGCCGAUUGGAAGACUGGUUUCUCCGAGUUAUGAAGGAGACGUCUGUCACAACAUCUGACCGUGCACGUUGCAGCUACCUGAGGAACCCGUGGGGGAACAACGUGAAGCUGAGCCUUCUGCACUGUCUGUACGAGCUGAACGAAGAGGCGUUUGUGAGCAGGGCCAUGGCGCUUUGGGAAGAGGUGGAGUUUACGGACAUUCCUCUGAGGAGAACCGACUGCUGGGUAUUGCGCUACUGUCUGCUCUGCUGCCCGUGUAUCAAAAGCCUGAGGCUCACUGGCUGCGCCAUCACAGCUGAGAAGAUGAUGAUGCUGCAGCCUGUCCUGUGCCGGAGCGAGAAGCUAAGCUUGCAGGUGGAAGAGUUGUCUGAUGGAGAUGUUGGUGAUCUGCUCUCAGCUCUGGGUGAGGGUAACGUCCUGAGAUAUCUGAGUGUAGUUGAGAGUCACCUGUCAGACGAGAGUGUGCAGCAGGUCCUCAGUGCUCUCACCAGGCAGAAGUCUGUGGGUGCAGUUUCCCUCUCAGUGAAGACCAUCACCUCCCGCACUGCUGAAACACUUCUACACUUCAUCCAAAACACACAAAUCAAUGAGAUCAGUGUGAGUGUCCCUAAUCUGGCUGAUAAGGACAGCGUCAGCCUGUGCUCAUCCCUGUCCCUCCGCAGACAUGCAGACAAGCAUCUCAACCUGAGUGCAAAGCACUAUGCUUCCUCCUCGGCCCAGCUCCUCAGCGACUCAGAGAGCUCCAGUCCCCAGGCAGAGGCAGCUCUCUCCAGCAUGAGCCUCACGCUGCCCCCCUCCCCUCAGCUCCAGCCCACCGACUGCACAGCCUUCCUCCAGACACUGCACUCUGUCAGGGGCUUAACAGAGAGCAGUGUAGGGUUUGCUGAGCGUGUGGAUGCCCUGCUCUCCUGCCUGCUCUCUCUGGCCAGCCUGAAGAAGCUGGUCAUGGUGGUGAGCUGUCUGACCACGGGCUGGGCCAGCAGAGUACUGACCCUCGUCCAGGCAUGCUCCAGCCUCAAGGAGAUCACGGUGCUUGCUGGUCGGGGCGUUGGCUUAAACUUGUCUGGAGAUGGAUUCCUGCUGGAGGAUGGACUGAAGCUGCUGAGGAGCUCACCAAAGCGCCCAGACUGCUCUCUGACUGUCAUAGGGUGGAGAUGCAACAAACCCUGUGACCAGUGCACCAAUCUGUCGGACUCUAAACUUCCCUGCAACCGGCACGUGCAGCUGAGCAUUAAUGGAGAGUCCAUGACGGAGAAAGCACAGUGGGCCCUAAAGCUGAUGCAUCCACCUAUGAAUCCAGCACUGGUUCUAGACCAACUUCUGAUCAUGGAGCAAAAUGGAUGGACUCAGAGGAGCUUCUUAUGGAUCUCAGGGAGGAGGAUAAGCGGGUACGGAAGGGCCCGGGCUGGACUAUACUUGUGAUGAAACAGGGCACCAUCCUCAGAUUGGAGGUUCAUGUUGAUACGGAUGUGGCUCGAGAUGCAGCCAUCUCAUACAUCUCCCUCACUCUGUCACCCUCUGUAGAGACAGACUGCAUCAGCUCCUUCCUCGACAAAUUUCACACUCUCAGAAAGUUUACA